GGGAAUAGCGGCGAGCAAUGUCGACGCGCCAACCGGCGAUCUCUCCAACCACCGCCAUUGUCCACUGCCACCACACGCUUACCUCACUCUUCCAAGAAAGAGAUAGAGACGGAGAGAGGGAGAGAGGGAGAGAGAGAAAGCGGAACAGAAAUCUUCUUCGACCCACCACACCAACGCCAUUUCCUUACGCCUAAGUACCCACGACCUAAACCACUUCCCCCACCUAAAUCUUCCCUGGAAAAGCAAUCUUUCCCCUUUUCCCCCAUUUCGUCUGGACUCUCUGAAUUCCGCGUUUCUUAACAUCUUCUCCCUUCCAAGCCACUUCUUGGGUUCCUGUCAAUUCUAUAUACAGCGGCUGCUCUGAUUCCGCAAUUCCCACUUCUUGAAACUCUGUCUCGUGCUCUGCGAUUACUGGAGAGGGGAAUUUUCAGGGGGGAAGUAUGCCGUCGGAGGAUCUAGAGCGAGGGAGGAAGAACGGUGGAGGAGGGAAUGGUACCAGUUUGGCUCCUUACUCUGUCGAUACUUCCGAGAAGCAUUGGACUUCAUGGCUGGUGCCCAUGUUUGUGUUUGCAAAUGUUGCUGUGUUCAUUGUGGCGAUGUAUGUCAACAAUUGUCCUCGCAACAAUAUUGGGUUUGAAGGGAAGUGCGUGGCUAGGUUCCUGGGGAGGUUAUCGUUUCAGCCUCUGAGGGAGAAUCCUCUUUUUGGACCAUCUUCUUCAACACUUGAAAAGAUGGGAGCUUUGGAAUGGGAUAGAGUAGUGCAUAAGCAUCAAGGAUGGAGACUUGUUACUUGCAUGUGGUUGCAUGCUGGAGUCAUUCAUCUUCUUGCCAAUAUGUUGAGCUUGGUCUUUAUUGGAAUUCGGCUCGAGCAGCAAUUCGGAUUCGUGCGAGUUGGGAUAAUCUACCUGCUAGCGGGACUUGGGGGUAGUAUAUUAUCGGCCUUGUUCAUUCAGAAGAACAUCUCAGUUGGUGCCUCGGGUGCUCUGUUUGGACUUCUGGGAGCCAUGUUAUCCGAGCUUCUUACCAAUUGGACUAUCUAUAGCAACAAGAUUGCUGCUCUGCUGACUCUACUUGUCAUCAUUGUCAUCAACUUAGCAGUGGGAAUUCUUCCACACGUGGACAACUUUGCCCACAUCGGUGGCUUCCUGGCCGGUUUCCUUCUUGGGUUUGUGUUUCUGAUCCGCCCACAGUUCGGUUGGGUCGAAAGCCGGCACCUGCCACCUGGCGCCCGUGUUAAAUCCAAGCACAAGGCUUACCAAUAUGCGUUGUGGCUGAUCUCUGCAGUGCUCCUGAUCGUUGUCUUCGUCCUUGGAUUGGUGAUGUUAUUCAAAGGAGAGAAUGGAAACGACCACUGCAGCUGGUGCCAUUACCUGAGCUGCGUGCCUACUUCACGAUGGAACUGUCAGCGCUGAGAGCAUCUCGGUCCAUGUUUCCGUGUCUUUAAGUAUCAGUCUAUAUAAUCUUUUUCUCCCAGUGUUUAAUUCUUUUGUUUCAUUCCCUCCCCACUUUGUUGCUUCCAACUUGUUUACGGUUUGUGUACAUGCCUUGUGCAUAUAGUUUUUCUUUCAAUGAACACGUAUAAACAGCGUAGUAUUAUGUACAGAACGGUUUUCCACCGGAAUUUCCUUCCAAUUUCCGUAGUACAUUACUACAUUUAGCUGAUUGGUCCUACAAGUUGGUUAGAUUUGAUUACAGCAUCCUUGGUUUGUUCAAUCGUGUUGAAAUGGCAUUGAUACUUGCUUGUUGGAUAUGAAAAUGAAGAUUUUAGGUACUG